AUGGCCCAAGCAUCGAGCCAACUCCCGCCUGUCCGAGCAUGUCUCUUUGACAUGGACGGUCUCUUGAUCGAUUCUGAGGAUUUGUACACAGUAUGCACCAACGAGACGCUACGAAAGUACGGCAAGCCCGACCUGCCAUGGAACAUCAAGGCUCAACUGCAAGGACGACCCGGCCCCGAGAUCUUCCACGACUGGGCCCAAUUACCCAUCACGCGCGAAGACUUCCUCCAACAGACGUCGGUCUUGCAACAAAAGUACUUUCCUUCCACACAACCGCUGCCCGGCGUCCGCGACCUACUCAAGACCCUCGACGCGAACCCGAACGUUGACAUUGCCCUCGCCACUUCGUCCAACAAGAACAACUUUGGCCUCAAAACCGCACACCUGGAAGACAUGUUUGUCGUCUUUGAGCAACAACACCGUGUACUUGGUGAUGACCCACGAAUCCCUACUGGAAAGGGCAAGCCUGCACCAGACAUCUAUCUCCUCGCUCUCGAGACCAUCAACGAACGCAUCCGUAAAGAAGGAAACGAGAAGGAGAUCACACCUGCUGAAUGUUUGGUCUUCGAAGACAGCGUGCCUGGUGUAGAGUCAGGAAGAAGAGCUGGUAUGCAAGUCGUCUGGUGCCCGCAUCCUGGCCUGCUGAACGAGUACAAGGGAAGAGAGGACGAUGUGUUGGCAGGCACGAGUAUCAUGAAGCAAUAUGGCGUCAGCAGUGGAGGUAGCGAGGUGCCUGGAAAGGUCGGCGAUGGUUGGGCGAGACUGCACAUGACUCUUGAGAACUUCCCUUAUAAGAGUUAUGGUAUGGAAGCAUAG